GGCGGAAGUGGUGUCACAGGAGCGGCGCGAGCUGUCCGGAUGUAGCUGACGUCACUCGGCAUUUGGUGUAAACAUGGCGUCCGUGACAACAGCCACCUCCGAGUGGAUUCAGUUCUUUAAAGAUGCUGGGAUCCCAGCUGGUCUCGCAGUCACUUAUGCAGUCUCCUUUGUGGACAACAGAAUUCACAAGAACAUGCUGAUGGACCUCAGCAAAGACAUCAUGAUGGACCUCGGCAUUACAGUCAUUGGAGACAUCAUUUCCAUUCUUAAACAUGCUAAGCAGGUCUACAGGCAGGACAUGUGCAAAAUGGCCACUGAAGCCAUCUCCUCCGGACAGACCAGUGUGAAAGCUGAGCUCAGAAGAACCGCCAAUACUCGUAAAUCGGCCACUCGUAUGAUUGCCAACGCUUUGAGCCACGACUCCCCGCCGACAACUCCAGCCCGCCGGCCAGACAACCGUCUCUCAGUCACAGUGUCCAACGUGCAACCAAACAAGAGCAGCAAAGCAGUUAUAAGUCAGCCAGCUGAAGAGGGGAACAGUUUGCCAGCAGCGAAGCACCGACGAGUGACAGCUGAGAUGGAAGGCAAGUACAUCAUCAACAUGCCCAAAGGCUCCACGCCUCGUACGCGCCGCAUCCUGGCCCAGCAGGCCAAGAAAGGAUUGAAACGCACAUCCGUGUUUGCAAGACUUGGAGCUGAAUCAAAGGCGGACACAACAACAAGCAACAACAAGCCCACCGGUGUGUUCAGUCGUCUUGGCCGAGGGGACGAAGAGGAAGACAAGCCGCAGCCAGACAAAAUGUCCACAGACAUCGACGUAGACGACGAGGACGACAGCGAUGGAGAAGGCUCCGUCCUCCAGUAUGCCGGCGUCCUCAAGGGUACCCCUUCCUUCCAGAAGAAGGAGCCCACUACCAAACCGCCGCCAACCACCCUGCGGCGCCUGGGAGGCAAAUUCAAACUACCUCCAUCUGACACUCCCACCUCCUCCUCUUCCCCCAACGGACCCCCCAGUGCUAAGGUGAGUGUGCUUAAAAGACUUGGCAAGCUCCCUGCCACACACCUCAGCGCCGCUGUGUCCCCCACACCUGCUGACACGCAGGACAACAGGGUGACCAGCACCAGGCCCAAAGCCCAAGAGAGACUCACCUUAGCGAGCUCCAAGGUCAGCAGCAGCACCGGGGCUGGGGGAGGGGCAGACGGAGGCGCAGGAGACUCUCUGGGUGCCCAGAUGGACAUCGGAGCUGUCAGUGUGUUUAAGAGGCUGGGCAACAAGAAAACCUAACACGUGAAGCCCUACCAAAUGAAUUCGUAUCACUCCCUCUUCUGCACUGGCGUCAUGCGAGACUGCAGAUUGGAGGUUUUGUCGUGUGGAUGAUCAGUUUUAAUGCUGCUUUUUGGCUUUAGGGUUACUCUUAGAUAAAUAUACCAUUUUUUAAUUACAUUUCAAUCAAGCUGCCACAGCAAAACCAACUUUGUUAAGGGUUUAUGUUUUUAAUAAGAGGACUCAAAGUUCUCAGUCAUAUCUGCCAUUUAUAUUUUUUUAAAAGACUGAGGUAAAUGUUUGCACGCUUAAGGCAUGGUAUUGACAUUAACCGAGCCGCCAUAAUUUUACCCGUCAACUCCUCAUGUAAAGGUGCUGCUUCCUAAACUUUCCUUUUUCAGAGUCCCGCCGAAUGGGAGGAGUUGAAUAGAUUAAAAUCUUUUCCCAA